AUGCCUACUCAGAGAGGAAACAUGUGGCUGCCGCCUGGUGACGAUGGCUGUAUGAGCCCCACCAUGGCCCACCGGAAGCGUCAGAGUGUGGCGAGCAGCCUGCUGGACCACAGGGCGAGACCGGGCCCAGAGCCCGAGAGUGAGGAUGCGGAGCUGGCCCUGGAGGAGUAUGUGCCCACCGACCUGGAGCUGGCGGCCCUGCGGCCCGAGAGCCCAGCGCCUGCUGAGCAGGGUGGCCCCGACCAGAGCCCUGACGGGGACUCCAGCUCUGACUAUGUGAACAACACCUCGGAAGAGGAGGACUACGACGAGGGGCUGCCCGAAGAGGAGGAGGGCAUCACCUACUACAUCCGCUACUGCCCCGAGGACGACAGCUACCUGCAGGGCACGGACUGUGACGGGCAGGGCUACCUGGCUCACGACACGCGCCACCUGGAGACAGAUGAGUGCCAGGAGGCGGUGGAGGAGUGGACGGAGCCCAUGGGCCCACAUGCACAUGGCCACAGCGACCCGGGCAGCCCUGGCUACCGGGACAGCCACCUCUCUGUCCCCGAGGAUGAGGCCUCAGUCCUGGACUCCGGGGACCAGGAAGAGGACGUCCACUACUGUCCCAGCGAGGAGGCCUACCAGGACUACUACCCUGCUGAGGCCAAUGGGAAUGCAGGCAGCAAAUCGCCCUACCGCCCGAGGCGCAGGGACGGGGACCCAGAGGACCAGGAGGAGGACAUCGACCAGAUCGUGGCCGAGAUCAAGAUGAGCCUGAGCAUGAGCAGCAUCACCAGUGGCGGCGAGGCCAGCCCCGAGCGUGAACCGCGGGGGCCUGAGCCGGGGCCCGGGGACUCCCCCGUGGCCUGCCCGCCGGCUGAGGCCAGCCGGGGCCCUAGCAGACAUGAGGGCAGGCCCAAGUCGCUGAACCUCCCUCCUGAGGCCAAGCACCCCGCCGACCCUCAGAGGAGCUUCAAGACCAAGACCAGGACCCCGGAGGAGAGGCCCAAGUGGCCCCAAGAGGAGGUUUGCAAUGGUUUGGAGCAGCCAAGAAAGCAACAGCGCUCUGAUCUCAAUGGACCAGUUGACAAUAACAACAUCCCGGAGACAAAGAAAGUGGCAUCAUUUCCCAGUUUUGUGGCUGUUCCAGGGCCCUGUGAGCCAGAAGACCUCAUCGACGGGAUCAUCUUUGCAGCCAACUACCUGGGCUCCACGCAGCUGCUUUCUGAGCGGAACCCAUCCAAAAACAUUAGAAUGAUGCAGGCACAGGAGGCUGUCAGCCGGGUCAAGAGGAUGCAAAAGGCUGCCAAAAUCAAGAAGAAAGCGAAUUCUGAGGGAGAUGCCCAGACACUGACGGAAGUGGAUCUCUUCAUCUCCACCCAGAGGAUCAAGGUGUUAAAUGCGGACACACAGGAGACCAUGAUGGACCACGCCCUGCGCACCAUCUCCUACAUCGCGGACAUUGGGAACAUCGUGGUGCUGAUGGCCAGACGCCGUAUGCCGCGCUCCGCCUCCCAGGACUGUAUCGAGACCACCCCUGGGGCCCAGGAGGGGAAGAAGCAGUAUAAGAUGAUCUGCCAUGUGUUCGAGUCCGAGGACGCCCAGCUCAUCGCCCAGUCCAUCGGCCAAGCCUUCAGUGUGGCCUACCAGGAGUUCCUGCGGGCCAACGGCAUCAACCCCGAGGACCUGAGCCAGAAGGAGUACAGUGACAUCAUCAACACCCAGGAGAUGUACAACGACGACCUCAUCCACUUCUCCAAUUCGGAGAACUGCAAGGAGCUGCAGCUGGAGAAGCACAAGGGUGAAAUCCUGGGUGUGGUGGUGGUGGAAUCGGGCUGGGGCUCCAUCCUGCCCACUGUGAUCCUGGCCAACAUGAUGAAUGGAGGCCCGGCCGCCCGCUCAGGGAAGCUGAGCAUCGGUGAUCAGAUCAUGUCCAUCAACGGCACCAGCCUGGUGGGGCUGCCACUUGCCACCUGCCAGGGCAUCAUCAAGGGUCUGAAGAACCAGACGCAGGUGAAGCUCAACAUCGUCAGCUGCCCGCCAGUCACCACUGUCCUCAUCAAGCGGCCAGACCUCAAAUACCAGCUGGGUUUCAGUGUUCAGAACGGCAUCAUCUGCAGCCUCAUGCGUGGGGGCAUCGCGGAGCGGGGCGGUGUCCGCGUCGGCCACCGCAUCAUCGAGAUCAAUGGGCAGAGCGUGGUGGCCACCGCACACGAGAAGAUCGUUCAGGCGCUGUCCAACUCGGUGGGAGAGAUCCACAUGAAGACCAUGCCUGCCGCCAUGUUCAGACUGCUCACAGGCCAGGAGACCCCGAUGUACAUCUAG